AUGGAGCAACCAAUUAUCAUCCCAGACUCUAACUCAACUGUUCGGGUUCGUGCGAUUGAUACAACAACCACUAUGGUGUGUGAUUCGUCUGCCUUCAUACGGCCGGUUAUACAAGGCCAUGAAAGACUGAACUUCAAGACGAUGUGUUUCUUGGUUGAGAAUGAAUCGAAAUCACGGCGGAUCUUGUUCGACUGUGGCGGGAGGAAAGACUUCUGGAAUGCCUCGCCAAAUACUCGGAACAUGAUUGGCACUUAUGUGCCGUCUCUCAGGGUAGAAAAAGGAGUCGACGAGAUACUCACCGAAGUAGGUUUUGACUUGCAGAGUAUAGAUGCCAUUGUGUGGAGCCACUGGCAUUGGGAUCAUAUCGGAGACGCUUCCAAAUUUCCACCACAGACCGACAUUGUUGUGGGACCAGGAUUUAAGAGUAAUUUUCUUCCCGGAUAUCCGGACAACCCGGAAGCGUUUAUGUUGUCCAGCGACACAUCCGGGCACUUUGUCGAUGAAAUAACUUUCCGAGAUGAUUUGCGAAUUGGCAAAUUCCGAGCUCACGACUACUUUCGAGAUGGCUCUUUCUAUAUUCUAGACGUCCCUGGCCACACAAUUGGACACAUAUGCGGCCUCGCUCGAACGACGCCGGACACGUUCGUAUUCAUGGGCGGCGACUGUUGCCACUUUUUAGGAGCCUUCCGUCCAUCUGAUGCUGUUCCACUGCCAGAUAUAAUCCCCCAAGUGCAAUUGGACUCCACCAUUCCUGCACCGUGUCCAUGUUCCUUUUUCACAGCUUGUCACCCUUCUACAACGAAGAAUGAGAAUGGGACGGUAAACGACCAUGAGGCAAGACGUAGUCCAUUUUACAAAGUCACGCAGAGCGAAACAUCUGCCUACACGGACCAGCAACAGUCGCAAGAAAGCAUAGAUUAUUUACGUGUCUUUGACGCUAGCCCGGACAUAUUAAUUUGUCUGGCUCACGACAACACGCUUCUUGAUGUCUUCCCACUGCUGGCCACGUCACCUGAAAGAAACAUCAACGAUUGGAAGGUAAAGGGCUACAAGGAGCGGACGAGAUGGGCAUUUCUGAAUGAGCUUCCCCGUGAUGGCAAACCGGGAAGAGCACCUCUGGUUUCCGGGCAGUGGAAGAACGGAAAAAGAAUAAGUCUGAGGGAUGAUUCUUAUUUUCAUGAAGUGGUGUAG